AUGUGUCAACGUAACUUGUAGAAAUCAAGAUUGAAUAGAAGUAGGAGUUUAAACCAUAUAUUUACCAUAUAUUUUUGUUUUUUUAGUAAUGUGGUGAUUGUUCAAUACAAGACAUAAUGGCAGUUGUGAUUGAAACAACACUCGGAGAUAUAACAGUAGACCUGUACUUAGACCAGCGUCCCGUAACAUGUUUGAACUUUUUAAAACUUUGCAAGAUGAAAUAUUACAAUUUCAACUUGUUUCACACGAUUCGUAGUGGAUUCAUCGCUCAAACUGGUGACCCCAGUGGAGAAGGAUCAGGUGGACAGUCCGUAUGGGGCAUUUUAGAAGGGCCUGAAAAGCGGUUUUUCUCUGGAGAGAAAAGGCCAAAAAUUCGCCAUUCCGGUGCUGGUUUACUAUCUAUGGUUUGUACUGAUGAUAUGAUGGUGGGCUCCCAGUUCUUCCUGACUUUGGCGCCGGAUUUAGACUCAUUAGAUGGUACACAUUGUGUAAUUGGUGAAGUCACUGAAGGCCAUGAAGUGUUAACCAAAUUGAAUGAAGUGAUAUGUGACGAAUCUCACCGUCCUUAUCGAGAUGUAAGAAUAACCCACACUGUUGUUCUUGAGGAUCCUUUUAAUGAUCCACCUGGUUUGAGAGCUCCAUCAAGGUCACCUUCACCUAACCCAGAACGCCUUAAAGGUGGCAGGAUUGCCCCUGAUGAAGAUAUUGAUGAAACUCAAGGAAAAAGCGCAGCGGAAAUACAGGAAAUGAUAGAAGAGAAAGAAGCUAAAGCUAGGGCCACAAUAUUAGAAAUAGUUGGUGACUUACCUGAUGCUGAUAUUGCUCCACCAGAAAAUGUCUUAUUUGUCUGUAAACUUAACCCUGUCACAACUGAUGAAGACCUAGAAAUUAUAUUUAGUCGUUUUGGUAAGAUAGUUAGUUGUGAAGUGAUAAGAGACAAAAAGUCUGGCAACUCUCUUCAAUAUGCGUUUAUUGAAUUUGAAAACAAGAAAUCAUGUGAAGAUGCUUAUUUUAAAAUGGAUAAUGUGUUGAUUGAUGAUAGACGUAUACAUGUGGACUUUUCACAAUCUGUAUCUAAAAUGAGGUGGCUUGGAAAAGGGAGAGGAGUGCAAUAUUUUGAUGAUGACUCAAAAAAUAAUUCAAGAGUCGAAGACCAGUUUAGAGGAAGACAUAGAGAGGAUAAAGAUGAGGGAGACAGUCAAAGCAAUGGUAGAAGAUACCAUAGUAGUAGAGACAAAGAAUAUGUAAGUGAAAGUCGCAGAGAUAAACAACAGGAUGAUAAAAGAGAAAAGGACAGGAAACAUAGAGAUGAAAGAGAAAAGGAUAGGCAAUAUAGAAAUGGCAGAGAAAUGGACAGGCAAGAUAGAGAGUUGGAUAAGCAAUAUAAAGAUGAUAGAGAAAGGUCUACCUUAAACAGAGAUGAGAAAGAUAAAGGCAAGCAAUAUAGUAAUGACACAGAUAAGAACAGAAAAACUAGAAAUGAAAGAGAAACAGAUAGGCAACACAGAGAUGAGAGGGAAAAGAAGCAUAGCAGAGAUGAUGGAGAAAGAGACAGGAAACAUAAAGAAACUGAUAGACAAAUCAGCAAUAAUAAGGAAUUAGAGAAACAAGAAAGAUAUGAUCUAGAUAAAGAUAACAUGGGAAGGGAUCGGCACAAUAAAGUAGACAGAGAUAGACAGUAUAAAGGUGACAAUGACAAGGAAAGACAACAAGAUAAAGCAAGAGACAGGCAACAAAGAGAUGAUAGAUAUGUGGAUAAGCAUCAUAAAGAUGAAAGAGAGAAAACAAUUAAAAACGACAAUAGAGAACGAAGUAGAAGCAGAUCUAAAGCAAACUCUAAUUUCAUAGCUAGUAAAAAUGAUAGAGGAAAUCACAGUAAGGAUAUAGAACGUAAUAUAAAUAGAUCGCAUAGACAUAGAAAUGAUAACAUUGAAAAUGAAACUACAGAUGAUCAUACAUCAAAGUCACCUACUAGAAGAGAUAAAAACAAAUCAGAUUAUAAAGACAGUAGAGAUGAAAGAAAAAAAGAACAAACUUCUAACAGUCAAACACAUAGAGAUAGAAGGCAGAAUGAUGAAAGCAGAUAUAAAGACAGAAGCAGGGAAAGUAAGAUGGAUAAAUAUAGGCAAGAUUUAGAGCCAAAGACACCCUCCCCUAUUAUUGUAGAUAAGAAUGAUAAGAAAUCAAAACAAAACAAUGAUAAAGUGAUUUCAAAUAAAAUAUCAAAUAAAAAAGGCACUAAAACUACUAAGAAGAAAAGAAAACCAUCAACAUCCUCUGAUGAUUCUUCUGACUCAAGUUCAUCAAGUAGUGAGUCUAGCUCUUCAAGUGAAAGUGACAAUAGAAAAAAGAAAUUAAAAAAAAAGCGUAAACAUUCUACGUCAAGUAGCAGCAGUACAAGCAGUUCUAGCAGUUCUUCAAGUAGUUCAGACAGUAGUAGUGAAUCUAGCUCAAGUUCAGAUAGUGAAAAUGGCAAGAAAAAGCAUGUGAGGAAGAAUUCCAAACUAACAGUUAAGAACACUAAAAAGAAAGUAUAGUCCAUUUUGUUCUGACCUGUCUUAUAGUGUUAAAAGUCUGUUUGUUACUGUUUAGUGGUUUAAGCAUAUUAAAUAUCAAUAUGUACAGAAAAAAUUGUAUUAUCAAAAAAUCAGGAAGCCUUUCACAGACCAUGAAGUGUUCAUAAUUUUUUUUCCAUUAAAACAAAGUGAUGGGGAUAAGUACCUUUAUAAACUUGAAACUAAACCAAAGGGGGUCCAAACACACCCUGAAUCUGCUCUUGUUAUUUGACACAUCUUUAAUUUUAUAUUUUUAAAGCACUGUAUAUAUUAAAGAUUUUAAACUAAGAUUUUCGUGGUUAAUCAACGUUUCUUAAAUAUAGUUUAAUGGCUGCAUACCACAAUAAUAUGUUUAUCAAUUGUGGUCCCAUUGUGACCAGGAUUUGUUGAUAUUUUGAGCCAGUUAGGGUCAAAAUAUCAACAAAUCCAAAAAUAUUAUCAUGAUAUGAACCUGUUGAAGUAAAUUUAAGAAAUACUGUAUUUAUAUAAAAAAAUUGAUAGUUAAAGGAAUUGUUUUUGACUAGGGCUUGUGUAUGUCUAAAAUGUUUUCAUUUAGUUGUACAAAUUUAAAAAAAAACCAACAAUGGUAUAAAGAAGAUAAAAGAAAACCAAGUCCAUUCAUAAAGUGCAAUAACUGAGGUUUAGAGCCACACAGACUUAAACAUAUGUGAAAUCAGCAAAAUGAGUUUACAUUGUCCUAUACAGUUUUAUGUAUAUAUCAUACAACUGGUUCUUUAUUAAGGAUUUACAUAUAAAUAAUAACAUAACUUUAGUUAAUAAAAGAUUAAUAGGUUGUCAUACUAUUAUUUAAAAUCUGAUAUUGAACCUAUUGCACUUAAAGGGCAAGAUUGUGAAGAGUUCAAGAGAUGUACAACCUCAUCUGACUUAUUUUAACUAAACCUUCAAUCAAGUUAAAUGAUUAGUGUACAACAAAAUGAACACCAGUUUAUUUUAAAUAAGUUAUUGCUGACUAAUGCUCUUAACGGCUAAAUUAAUUGAUUUGUCAUAGAUAUUCCAAACACAUCAUUACUGCAUAUCCCAAGUCACCAACUUGUAAAGAGCAGCUGGGAUAAGGGUGCAUACUCUUUAUAUAGGGUGUAUAGCAAUGGACAUGAAUGACAAAUGACAAUGAGUAAACUGUGACAUAGAUUUACAGCAUUAAACAUGUAGAUUUUUUUUUUUAUUAAAAGGCUUUGAAUACUAAGGAGCACUGGCAUUAUUAUUCAAAAUAGUGGCCAUGCAAAAAAAAAUAUGAAUCAAUUGAAAGAUUUCUUCUUCCUGUGAUUUAUAGCUUUUUUUAGUGCUAAACCAGCACAGUAUACUUUGACAGUGUUAACUAGCUUGGAAAAAAUUUUAAAGAUUUUAAAACUGACAGAUUUCUUACUGUAAGUCAAAUUCAAAUUCAAAUUCAUUUAUUUCAAGCAGGCCUAAUUUAUAAGCACUUUUGAAACGUCAAGUAUGUAUGUUUGUAGUGACUACCGAGUCAAAAAUCUAUCUAAGUUAUCAAAGUGACACAGGUAUAAUACUAUCAUUGAAUAAUUAAAGUAUUUUGUAUUUUAUUUCAGGUUAAUCAUGCAAGUUAGCUUUUAAGAUCUUUUUUCUCUGAACAAAGCAAGAUUUUAUGGUUGAUCUUAUAUUGAUAUGGACUUUGAUAUGGACCAGUAGCUAUAACUUUGGUAGCUUAUAAUUUUUAAUAUUUACCUAGCUUAUAUUUCAUAAAGUCGAAGCUUAAUAUUGUACUAUUUAUUGUAUGAUUAAUAAAUUCUAAUAAAUGGCCACUAUUUAAAAAAAAUUGUGGACGGUAGGUAAGCCAGGCCCUAUACUAAAAUUAUCAAAACUAUCUUUUCAAUGGUAUACUAAGUUAAUGAUAUCACAUUUUCACGAAACCCGUUUUAAGUAGAUAAUUAAUAAGUUCUUUGAUUAAGUAUUCAAAUCUUAUGGACAUUAGUUAAUUUAUUAAGUAACUGCACAGUAGUCAAUCAAUAUGUAUUGGAUUUUUGGAAAAGCGCAUUUCUUGAGUGGGGUGUUACAUGAAAAAUUAAUACAAAGAGGUAGCAAGUCAGCCGUUGGCAACAGUUUUUUCAUUUGUUGACAGCUUUUUGGAAUAGAGCUCGUUCGGUAUAUUAAUACAGACAUGCUUAUUUCUGCCGAAAAGCAGCAUUGCUACGUUCCGGUCUGAAGGGCGUUGUUUCUGGGGUAAUUAUAGACAAAUGAGUCUUAACAAGUACUACUCAGGUUGAUGGACACAGGGUGGCCCUUUUUAGGCCGUCCCUUGCAUGCACUGCAAACUGUUGCUCUGUUAACUGUUUGUAGGCGAUGGUUUUUCUACUUGCUACCAGUUGGGCACUUUGCUUGGUUCGUCAAUGAUUAUAUUAAAAAAUUCGACAAGUCUAUUCGAGUAUAGUGCUGUCUCUUUCACAAUAGUUACAGUGGUAAAGGAUAGCACUACAUUUAGAUCAGUCAAUUAUUGAGUUAAGUUUAGAGAUACGAUGUACAUCCUUGUAUUUUCUUAUAGGAUAUUUUUUUGUAUGCGGAGUAAGUUUCUUGAGUAUUUUUAUUUCAUAACUGUGUUUUACAUUCAUCAAUCCAAUAGUUUAGAUUCUGUUCCAUUUUUUAA